UAUUGGUUUGGUAAAAAUGACGAGCCACAGGAUUUGUGUUCAGUAAAAAAAUAAUAUAAAAUUAAAUUGUGUGUUUAUCAAAAUGACUGUUUGGCGUAAACUGGAAGAUGGAGAAGUAUACGCUGUUGCCAUAUACAACUUUACAGCCAAACCCGGCUCUCUCCAUCUCUCCUUUGAUGUCGGCGAGCUACUCCACCUUGAGCGAGAGACGGAUUCCUGGUAUUGGGGCAAAAGCCUCAAGAAGGACGUUAGUGGUGCCUUCCCGAAGAGCUAUGUGCAAAUAAGGGACUGUGUGGUCGACAGAUGCGGUGGUACGGUGGUCGCGUCGGCUGGUGGUAUCGGCGUGGUCCACGACAUAGCCGUUACCCUACGAGAAUGGUUGGAGCAUUGCAAGAAGUUGUAUAUUAACAACGAUGAGCGUCUAAAGUUCAUGGAGGUGAGCAUGCGAGCGCUCUUAGAACUGAGAGCUCAAGCCGCCUCCGGAGCAUUACCACAGGAUACGCUGCGAAAAGUCUCCAGAACUGCUGUCUUCACUAUUGAUAAAGGAAACAGAACCUUAGGCAUGGAGUUGGCAGUGAGAACAGCUAACGGUCAGUUGGUUGAUCCUCUGAAGAUCUCCACUUACAAACUGAAUGCUCUACACGAUGAUGCCAACGCUCGUAUUGAGAAGAAUAUGGAAACAACCCCAGUAACACCUCCACCAGCAACCCCACCCGGGGCUCGAACCUACACCAUAGCGGUUCGCGUCCACAACUUCGUAUGUCGUAUGAACGAGCCGGCAGAAAUAGCUUUAGCUCUACACGACGCGUCGGGGGCUAAGUUAACUGAGCAUUUGUUACUACGGUGGCCUACGAACCAUAUUAGUACUGCUUUAGUUGUUUUUACUGAUUUCGGUAGCGAUAUAAUAAAGAGCGAGAAAAUAUAUUUAGUAUCAAAUAUAGUACGGAUAGGAAACAUGGACGCUCAGAACAUAGAUAAUAGACGCAGCUCAGUAGCCCAAACACCGCCCGUAACGUCACCGUCAGGUCGGUCCAUGCGACGUCCGUUCGGCGUCGCCUGCGCAGACAUCAAACGAUACGUCAACAUCGACUGUCCCAGCCCUGACAAACAUAUACUAGUACCUUUUUAUGCGUAUGAAAAGGAGAAUUUGGACUGUUUGUUAAAGAAAAUAAUUGCGAACCGUGACAUCAAGGAUGCUAAACAUUCUCAAGGCUUGUGGGUCUCUGUGAUGUUAGUAGAGGGGGAUUUGAAACAGAUUCGCGAAGAAAACCCGCAUUUAGUAGUAGGUAACACAGCGGUAGCUCGCAAAAUGGGAUUUUCCGAAGUCAUAAUGCCAGGAGACGCUCGCAACGACCUCUACGUAACAAUUUGUGGAGGUUCCUUCUCCAAGGGAGGGGGCAAGUCCUCUGAAAGGAACAUUGAAUUAAUCGCCAAGGUUGUCGAUAAACAUGGGAAGACUUUUCCGGGUGUGAUAUCAGUCGGCGCAGGAGUGUCGUUAGCAAAUGAGUACACAUCUGUGGUGUACUACCACGACGAUCGACCUCGAUGGCAGGAAACCUUCAAGGUAUGCCUAAAUAUAGAAGAGUUUAAAGAAGCUCAUCUAGUAUUCCUCUGCCGUCACCGUUCCUCAAACGAAGCUAAAGACAGAGCGGAGAGACACUUCGCUCUCUCAUAUUUACGACUUAUGCAGCGAGAGGGCACCACUACACCCGAUACUCAACACAAUCUGUGUGUUUAUAAGAUCGACAAGCGUGCCAAUCAAUCAGAAGCCGAAGAGACCUGCCUGGGCCUCCCGUCCCGUAGAGACGAGUUACCGGCGGGCGCCGAGCAUGGACUGGCGCGCGGCGUGCUACAACUUGUACCCAGGGACAGUCUCGCUGUACACACCAAGCUAUGCUCUACCAAGCUAACUCAGAGAGAGGAAAUUCUAGGCGUAUUGAAAUGGAACACUCACUACGCGGAAGGCACGCUACGAAAUGCACUGACGCAACUGUUAGUAGUACCCAGUGAAGAACUGGUCAAGUUCCUGCAAGAUAUACUGGAUGCACUGUUCAGCAUACUUACACAGGUACAAGAAGACCAUGAAGACGACGUGUACACAGACAACAGUUAUGGUGUCCUAGUACUCGAAUGUUUGCUCCGAGUGAUAUCUAUAGUAGCUGACCACAAGUACCAACACUUUCAACCCGUGUUACAUGUGUAUAUUGACGAUAGCUUCUGCAAUGCAUUAGCUUAUGAGAAACUAAUAUCAGUAAUGGUAUGGGUGAUAUCGGCCGCUAACGCAGGCGAUGCGGCGUUGAAGAGGCUCUUGAUGUGUAUGAAGUGUAUAGAGAGUCUAAUACGACUCAUUGUGAGGAGUCGACAGUUGAGGAGUGCGCUCGGAGACCGAGCUUCUGAUAGUGAAUUCUGCUUGUUGUUUGAAGCACUCCUAAAACAAUUAGUUUGGUUAAUGCGUUGUGGAGACCACGCGCUCACAUGUCAAGGGUCUGCGCUGAAAUAUCUUCCCCACGCCGUACCACACAUCAUUAAAGUAUAUCCUGAUACUGAACUCAGCGCCUACAUAGUCCGCGCCCUAGAAGCGUUACCCCUAGGCCGGCUCAGUAAGCAAAGGAUGUUAGCGUUAUUGGAAUUAGUACGCGGUCCACUUUGCUCCCAACCAUCUGCCCGAGCGCUACUAUUGCCGCAUCUAGCUGCUACCACUCGCGCAUUGCUCCGUGACAAGGCUGAGUGGGAUCGCGAGGCUGCCCACAAGUCGCGGUCCGUGGGCAAAGCUGCGCGGCUCCUCGGCGCAGACACGGCGAAGCUGCCAGACCACACGCACCACCAACAGAUCGUGGAGCUUUGCGUGGAAACUCUAGGCGAGGUGAUGUCUCUCCUCGCGCGGGAUGACGUCGGCCCCGUGGACGCCGACCGCGGGGAACUUGCCAGACGGUUGCUCCCGACUGUACUGAAGACUGCCGCCACUAUGCUGAGGGAUCGCAAGAGUGAGAAACAGAGUAAUAGCGCUGAGGAUGCUUUGUUGAGACGAAUCCUAUCAGUCCUACUGGAUAUGGUACGACAAAUGUCAGAGAACCAGUAUUCGAUGGUCGUAAGAGCGUUAGAAGCGGAGAACGCCGGCGGGUCAGGAUCGCUGGUCACUGAUGCUCUGUCGUUGUUCCUGGCGAUAUUGCAAAGGCCUGUGUUUAGGCCUCAUUGGGCUGAUAUGCUGCAUUUACAGCAUUAUGUUAUGCUGCAUGCGCUGAGGUAA